AUGGCUCGUUCUAAUGAAGCUGGCGGUCACCCAAACACAUGUCCACUCCCUGAAGAUGCGGCGACGGAUCAGGAGGACGAGGAGGAACUGGAUUUCGACACCUGGAGUUCCGCUGUGCACUACCAAGCCACUUUGGAUGACCAGAGUAAGCCUUCGUCUUCCAACGGUGCGAAUAAACGACGGCGCAUUCGUCCGGAUUCGUACUUUUCCGAUGAUGAAGAAGAGCUUGUGGACGAUAGCUGACACCCCAUCAGUUCACCAUUCC